AAUUGAGGUACAACUCUCAGACGAAAUCAAGGUACAACUCGACGAAGACUGCAACUGAACCAUGUGCUACGGCAACGAACGACCGCCGACGAGAGAUGACCUCUUCGAGGCGCCGCCGCCGCAGGAGAACGAAGACAGGGUGAUGGCGGUGGAGAAUCUGAGGGAUCGUCUGGCGGAGACGGAGGCACGGCUGGAGCGAGCUAGGGCGCGGGAAGCGGAGCUCAGCUGCUGCCUCGAUGAGAUGAAAAAGUUCGUCCGCGUUAUGGAGAUCCUCGAAUCCUACCUCCGCCGCCAGUACGCUGAGCAGCAGGAUCGCCUCGCGCGCUUAUACUCUUCUUCUUCUUCUUCUUCUUCUUCUUCUUCUUCGCUUUUGGUACCUUCGAAAUAGCUGUUUUUUGCUUAUUAUUAUGCAAAGAAAUUAGGGAUUUUUAUCAUAGUGGAACUAGUUUGGCUAUGUAUAUUUCGGAUAUGGUGUUUAAUUUGAUGUGAAUAUCUGUUUCAUUGAUGGUGUUUGCUAAGCUUAGAAGAUUGAAAUUGGAAUUAGUUUUUUUUGUUUGUUUACAAUAGGGCAUUCGUUGAUUUGGGGAUUUCAUGUGGCUUUGACAUAAUUCUUGUUUCUUUUCGUUUGCAUUUGUGGAGAAAGAAUCAAACUUGCUUGUAUUACUGACAGAAUUUGAAGUAUGGAUUAGUUUACUCUUCAAGAAGAAGCUCAUUGUUACA